UUCCGUCAAUUUCUAACUUUUUGUCUGUCUCUCAUUGUUACUACAGGACGACUAGAAUUAAGUCUGGGAACAUCUGUGAAGUUGGAAGACUGCAGUCAAACACUGGAGCUGAAUGUUGACAUUAAAGAUGAAGAAGAGGAGGAGAAGAUUGGGGAACCUGUUUCUCAUGGAGACCAUGUUGAGACAUUCUCUACAUCCAGAGAGCAACAGCAGGAAGAUCACAGAGCGAAGAGGUCUCACCACUGCCCACAUUGUGAGGAGAUCUUCCCAUUACUAUCAAAGCUAAAAAUACACAUAAGGAUACACACUGGAGAGAAUCUGUAUUCCUUCACUGACUCUGGGAAAAGAUGCACAACAUCAGGGGCUCUGACAGUUCCUCAGAGAGCACACACAGGAGAGAAGCCUUACUCCUGCUCUGACUGCGGGAAGAGUUUCUCUCAAUUGGCUUUCUUAAAAAUACACGAACGUAUACAUACAGGAGAGAAGCCUUACUCCUGCUCUGACUGUGGGGUGAGUUUCUCUCGACUCGAUGCCUUACAAACACACCAACGUAUACAUACAGGAGAGAAGCCUUACUCCUGCUCUGACUGUGGAAAGAUGUUCUCUCAACUGGGCCACUUGAAAAGACAUAAACAUACACAUACAGGAGUGAAGCCUUAUUCCUGCUCUGACUGUGUAAAAUGCUUCAUAACAUCAACUGAGCUAAAACUUCAUCAGAGAACACACACAGGAGAGAAGCCUUACUCCUGCUCUGACUGCGGGAAGACUUUCUCUCAAUUGGCUUUCUUAAAAAUACAUGAACGUAUACAUACAGGAGUGAAGCCUUACUCUUGCUUUGACUGUGGAAAUAUUUUCUCUCAACUGGCCCACUUGAAAAGACAUGAACAUAUACAUACAGGAGUGAAGCCUUAUUCCUGCUCUGGCUGUGUAAAAUGCUUCAUAACAUCAACUGAACUAAAAGUUCACCAGAGAACACACACAGGAGAGAAGCCUUACUCCUGCUCUGACUGUGGGAAGAGUUUCUCUCGAAUAGGUCUCUUAAAAACACAUGAACGUGUACAUAGAGGAGAGAAGCCUUACCACUGACCUGACUGUAGAAUUUUUUUUAAACAACAGCUGAGCUGAAAGGUCAAGAGGGAACCUUACUUUUGCUCUUAAUGUGGCAAGAGUAACUCAAGUGAUAGUCACCAAGUAAAAUACUACUUGAGGAAAAGUAUUUGGUUGUAAAUAUACUUAAUUAUCAAAAGUAAAAGUAUGCAUAAUUUCCAAUUCCUUAAAUUACCCCUACGGGAUGGAUGUCCCUAAACUGGGACGGUUGUAGCUAAGGUGUGCUAGUCUGACUAGAUUGACGUUGUAUACAACAGCCAUCUUUCCGGGACAUAGACAUAUCUUAUAUGUGCAGAAAGCUUAAAUUAUUGUUUAUCUAUCUGCAGUGUCCAAUUAACAGUAGCUAAUACAGUGAAAAAAGACCAUGCUAUUGUUUGAAGAGAGUGCACAACAACAAACUUAUCUCGCAAAUGAUUUGAUACAUUAUUUACCUUCAGAGGUGAAUGUAUUUUCAUUCAGUCAUAUUGCUCUGAUUUUUCAUCCUGAGGGUCCCACAGAUAAAAUGUAGCGUAGUUUCGUCUAAUAAAAUAAAUUUUUAUGUUCAAAUGUAAUCGAUGCGGUGCGUUUUGUUGCGCCAAUGUGUACCUAACCAUGAACAUCAAUGCCUUUCUUAAAAUCAAUACACAGAAGUAUAUAUUUUUAAACCUGCAUAUUUAGCUAAAAGAAAUCCAGGUUAGCAGGCAAUAUUAACCAGGUGAAAUUGUGUCACUUCUCUCGCGUUCAUUGCACGCAGAGUCAGUGUAUAUGCAACAGUUUGGGCCGCCUAAUUUGCCAGAAUUUUACAUAAUUAUGACAAAACAUUGAAGGCUGUGCAAAUGUAACAGGAAUAUUUAGACUAAUGGAUCUCACCCCUUAGAUAAAAUACUGAAAGGUUCCGUAUUUCACUGAAAGAAUAAACAUCUUGUUUUCGAGAUGAUAGUUUCCGGAUUCGACCAUAUUAAUGACCUAAGGCUCGUAUUUCUGUGUGUUAUUAUGUUAGAACUAAGUCUGAUUUGAUAGAGCAGUCUGACUGAGCGGUGGUAGGCAGCAGCAGGCUCAUAAACAUUCAUUCAAACAGCACUUUCGUGUGUUUUGCCAGCAGCUCUUCGUUGUGCAUCAAGCAUUGCGCUGUUUAUGACUUCAAGCCUAUCAACUCCCGAGAUUAGGCUGGUGUAACCGAUGUGAAAUGGCUGGCUAGAUAGCGGGUGCGCGCUAAUAGCAUUUCAAACGUCACUCGCUCUGAGACUUGGAGUGGUUGUUCCCCUUGCUCUGCAUGGCAAACGCUGUUUCGAGGGUGGCUGUUGUCGUUGUGUUCCUGGUUCGAGGAGAGGGACGGAAGCUAUACUGUUACACUGGCAAUACUAAAGUGCCUAUAAGAACAUCCAAUAGUCAAAGGUUAAUGAAAUACAAAUGGUAUAGAGAGAAAUAGUCCUAUAAUUCCUAUAACUACAACCUAAAAUGUCUUACCUGGGAAUAUUGAAGACUCAUGUUAAAAGGAACCACCAGCUUUCAUAUGUUCUCAUGUUCUGAGCAAGGAACUUAAACGUUAGCUUUCUUUUACUUUCUUCUCCAACACUUUGUUUUUGCAUUAUUUAAACCAAAUUGAAUAUGUUUCAUUAUUUGUUUGAGGCUAAAUUGAUUUUAUUGAUGUAUUAUAUUAAGUUAAAAUAAGUGUUCAUUCAGUAUUGUUGUAAUUGUCAAUAUUACAAAUACAUUUUAAAAAAUCGGCCAACUAAUCCGUAUCGGCUUUUUUUGGUCCUCCAAUAAUCGGUAUUGGCGUUGAAAAAUCAUAAUCGGUCAACCUCUACUUGAAACAGUGCAGUAAUGUAAUUCUUCACUGGAUCAGUCAAACUGAGCACACACUGCUGUCACCUGGUGGCCAAAAUCUAAAUUACACCUAGACUCCUAUCUGAAAGUAUGGCCUUUCUCUUGCAUUUCAAAGAUGAUGAAAAAUAAACUUUGUUUUUGUUUGUAUUAUCUUUUACCAGAUCUAAUGUGGUAUUCUCCUACAUUAAUUUCACAUUUCCACAAACUACCUUUCAAAUGGUAUCAAGAAUAUGCAUAUCCUUGCUUCAGGUCCUGAGCUACAGGCAGUUAGGUAGGUAUGUAGGUAGGUAUGUAGGUAUGUCAUUUUAGACACAUUUUAAAGGGUACGAUCCUUGAGGGUUUAAGCAAACCAGACCGCACAAUCGUCUUGUUUAAAAAAAAUAUUACGGAGUGGGGCGGCAGUGUAGCCUAGUGGUUAGAGCAUUGGACUAGUAACCGAAAGGUUGCAAGUUCAAAUCCCCGAGCUGACAAGGUACAAAUCUGUCGUUCUGCCCCUGAACAGGCAGUUAACCCACUGUUCCUAGGCCGUCGUUGAAAAUAAGAAUUUGUUCUUAAAUAAAGGUAAACAAAUAAAUAUAUAUUUUUUUAAAGCCAGGGGCACACUACAUCACUGACAUCAUUUUAAAAUGAAGCAGUUGUGUGUUUAGUGAGUUCACCAGAUCAGAGGCAGUAGGGAGGACCAGGGAUGUUAUCUUGAUAAGUGCGUGAAUUGGACCAUUUUCUGUACUGCUAAUCAUAAAAAAAUAUAACGAGUACUUUUGUGUGUCAGGGAAAAUGUAUGGAGUAAAAAGUACAUCAUUUUCUUCAGGAAUGUAGUGAAAUAAAGUGGUCAAAAAUAUAAAUAGCCAAGUGAAAUAACAAUACCCCCAAAAAUCGACUGAAGUAGUUCUUUAAAUCAUUAUUUACUUCAGUACUUUACACCACUGCCUGCAUCCAUGCCGUGUGUCAGCAUUGCAGGGUGGUGGUGUGUUUUCAGGGCUCACAUUGGGCCCCUUGAUAAAAGUUGAACAAUGUUUGAAUGCCACAUGAUAUCUAAACAUCAUUGUCAAUCAGGUGCCUCCCUUCAUGUCAGCAGUGUAUCCAUCUGCAAAUGGAUUCUUUCAGCAGGAUUAUGCCACAAGGCUUGUCCAGAAAUGGUGCCAAGAACGUUACAGAGAAUUCAGCUCACUGUGAGAGGAGAUGGAACGAGCUAUUCAGAGUAGAGAUCCACUCCCAGCCAACUUGACACGAUUGUAGGAAGCAUUGGAGUCAACAUGGGCCAGCAUCCCUGUGGAAUGCUCUCAACACCUUUGACAGUCUAUGCCCCGACGAAUUGAGGAUGUUCUGAGGACAAAGGGGGGGUGCAACUCAAUAUUAGGAAGGUGUUUCUGAUGUUUUCUACUCUGUGUAUAUCAGAAAAGAUGGUGUGAUGAUCAGUUUUUAGCAUUAGUUUGGGUAGAUUAUUUUAUAUUACUAAACAACUUUGUUUAAUGGUAAACAGGCUAAUCGACUACUUGUGUUUAUUAAAUUGUAUUUUAAUACUAGAUUCAUUAUUUUAGUCAUUUAUGGCGGUUAAGAGUGUUGGGCCAGUAACUGAAAGGUCGCUGGUUUGAAUCCCGAGCCGACUCGGUGAAAAAUAUGUAAUUGUACCCUUGAGCAAGACAAUUGACCCUUAUUUGUCCUGUAAAUUGCUCUGGAUAAGAACAUCUGCUAAUUGACAAAGCGAUGAAAAAUGUUUGUACAUGAAUUUAUGGGCAGCUGCUUUUCUUUUGUGUAUAAUUAAACGAAAUAAACUUUUUGAAGUGAAAACUGUAUAUACAAUACACAACAUUACCACUUUGUUUACCCUGGCCAGAGGGACAGGCCUAUUGUAAGUCAGCAUGAUAUUUUAGUGUAUUGAUGACAAAUCUAAUUCAUUUGCUAAAUAAAUCAUUUUAUUUAAUUAUUUCAA